AUUUUUUAAUAUUGAGAUUAAAAAGAUGGCACGCUAUUUAAGCGGUACUUAGUAGCUUAUUAAGUUUCUACUGAAAUUCAGUUUUCCGUCGGCAGCUCAUAUUUACGGUACCUCGGCUGAGCUGAAAAUCGUUUGUUGCAUGUCACCAACGUUGAUCAAACAUUUUGAAAUAAUUGGAACUGUGGAGAUUUCCACUGAAAGGAAACGACUUUAAGCUAAAGGAAAUAUUGCGAAGGUAAAAAUGGCGAUCGAUAUUUUAAAGAAACAAGAACAAGCUAGGCAACGACGCUAUUCACGAUCAAAAUUUAGUCGCGUCAAUUCUUUGGAUCAAAUUCCAGAAGAUCCUACCCAGGAUCAGCAUUCAGUGGCAACAGAUUCAUAUAAACAUUCAGCUGCGGUACAUAAAACGCAAUCGUUGCAUAAAACACCGACAACCAUUUGCACUGCUAUGCGUCAAGUACUUCUGUUUUGGCCGCAACUGCUAAUCAAUUUAGCAUUUACGAUCAUUCGGUUCAUCGUUUACUUACCGUUAUCAAUAGCCGCACCAAGCUUCUGGCUUUCGGCUUUAUUGUGGAUGUUCUUGAAGUUUAUCCGUAUACCUAUAGCACUAGUAAAAUGGCUAUUAAAUGUCGAUUCCCUGAUGGACUUAUCAACGGAUGGACCGCAACACCAUAAACGUACGGUGCUCAUUAGUUGUGGUAGUACCAUUCAAACUUUGCAUUUAGCUCGUAACUUUUACUCAUCCGGCUCACGCGUGGUGGUAUUCGAAUUCGAAGGUCUAUUCGGAUUGGCGCGCUUCUCCACUGCUGUGGAUAAAUUUUAUAUUGUGCCCAGACCAAGUUCUAAUAAUGUGGAUAGCUAUAUAUCUGCUUUAUGUCAGAUUGUCAGCAAAGAGAAACCAUCCGUUUAUAUACCAGUUUGUGCAACCAGUCCAGCCUACUACGAUGCACUGGUGAAGCAACAUUUAGAGCUGCUCGGUUGCGCCAGCUUCAUUCCGGGUUUCAAUGAGACUAGAGUCUUGGACGAUUGCCUUGAAUUUUUCAAAAAAUGUGCAGCUCAUAAUAUUACCUUGCCGCCCUACUCUGUGCUCACUUCGCCAGAUGAUCUUCAACAAUUAUACGAGAACAACUUUAUCAAUAAUUUCCGAAAUAUCCUAAUGGCAGCCGGUUUUCAAGGUUUAAUCGAACGUUUCAAGUAUUUAUUGCCGAACAACAGAAUGGACUUCAAAUUUAAUCACCAGAUAAGUGAAAAGGAAAAGUGGAUUGUGAUACGUGACUUGCCAGGGGAACACUAUGUCACCUGCACAACGGUUAAAGACUCGCGCGUCGUAUCAAAUGUUACCUGCCGAGUUGAACACGAAACGAAGAAUUUAAUGCCAAUUGGCCCACCCAAUACAAAUAAUCCCACUAUCAUGUCGGACGAGGCGCAAAUUGACAUUUGGCUCAAGACGUUCUUUGCCAAGGUGCGCUUUCAGCGUGGCAUAAAUGGACAUAUGAGCUUCCGACUGAUUAAAUGUCAGGGUACAUCGCAAUUUAUACCGCUAGGCGUACGUGUUGGCGUCUCUUUACCAUACAUCUGCUACAAUCGUUCCCAUGCUCAAGUACUCUGCCGAACUAUGAAGUGCAUACAUCGAAGACAACUAAGUUUUACCAACCUAGAUGAGGAAUCUUCAUUGGCGGCUUUGACAGCAAGCUUCCGCUGGAGCUCCAAAGAACGCUCCACUCCGACAACUGUGUUGGACAAAAGAGAAGCUUUGUUCGCUUAUUGGGAUCCGCUGCCAUAUUGUGCUUACUAUCACUUUCAGUUGCCUCUCAAAUCUGUCAAGAUGUUCUUGCAAAGACGCCACCGAUCUACAAAGACCUUAUCGCCACGAAUCACAAUGCCAGUUCAUUGAACACAGUGCAUUGAGCAAAACGCGGUGCAUUUAAAGUAAAGGCAUAUUGCCUAUUUUACGGCAAGCAAACGUGCGCUGCCCUUGGGAGAGAUCAAUACAUACAUACAUAUUUACAUAUGCAUAUAAAUGAUUGCUAAGGAUACAUAUGUAUGUAGCUGUGUGUACGUAUUUAUGUAUCUGCAACCAUUUUCCCAACAUAACAACUAAUUACUUCCGUUCACUAAGAGAAAAAAAAGCGAUCGAGUACAAAAAAAAAACA